AUGCGUCAACUUUUGCAAGCCCUCAUAGUGUUUACUAUCUUGAAAGGAAUAACGGCUCAAGGAUGCUGUUGGUGCGUCUCCACUCCACAGUAUAUCUUUUUACAAUCUACGAAUCUCGAUGCUUUUCGGGAGUUUGGAAGAAUCACAGCGAACAGCUACACAACCCCAAGAAAUCAGCUUAACUCAAGGAUGCAGGACUGGGCAAACCAGUACAAUAUGACUGAAGAACUGAACAAUUAUCAGAGAAGAGUAGAUCAGAUCAAUACCGAUAUAGAGAACAACGUCAAUACGAUAUUGGAUCAAAUUCAUAAUUUCAUGGCGGAUUAUCUAAGCGUAAGGAACGAUCAGACAAUCUCUCAAGAAGAAGCCGACAGAAGAAUGAGAUCGCUCUUCGAUGCGGCGAAUCGAAACCUUGCUACUGUAGCUUGCUGUAUCAUAAACACAGUAGAAUCAGCAAGGAACACCGUUCCUGUUACCACUUAUACGUAUGGACCUAGUAUUUCUGUAGGAGUUUACGCUGGAUGGUUCCGUCAUAGAAGAUCGUACCUGCAAAAUCAGCAAAAUAUUGUUCAGAAGGUUCUUCCUAACUCAUGA